CGAGGAUGUACCUUAUUCGGACAGGGACAACCUACAGGACAGCUGGCUUCCUUCUCACCAGUUUAUGCAAAAGCUAUUAAACUGCACACUUGAAUCGACUCUCUUUAGCUGCCUAGAGUUAGUCAUGUUAGUCACGAACUGCUACAGUAUGGAGUGAACUCGUGAUCUGUGACUGGACUCAUACCUGCUGAUAUCGCCUCUGAGACACGUGGGGAGAUGGCGGCCGACAGGCUUCAAUUUCACGAGAUGGGCCUGGACGAUCGCCUUUUAAAGGCGAUUGCAGACUUAGGAUGGGCACAACCAACUCUUAUUCAAGAGAAAGCCAUACCAUUGGCUCUGGACGGAAAAGAUCUCCUGGCCAGAGCUCGAACUGGUUCAGGAAAAACAGCGGCCUAUGCUGUUCCAGUCAUCCAGCGGAUCCUCACCUGCAAGGAGACUGUGCGGGAGCAGGCAGUCCGGGGUUUGGUGUUGGUGCCUACCAAAGAGCUGGGGCAUCAAGUUCGGACUAUGAUUUGCCAGCUCACUGCUUACUGUGCCAGGGACGUUCGAGUAGCAGACAUCUCGGGCAAAGCAGAAGUGUCGGCACAGAGGCCCAUUCUGAUGGAGAAGCCUGAUAUCGUGGUGGGUACACCAUCUCGUGUGCAUGCCCACGUUAAUGCCAAAAACCUGGUGCUGGAUUCUGCUCUGGAGAUGCUGGUUGUUGAUGAGGCUGACCUGCUCUUCUCCUUUGGUUUUGAGUCUGACCUCAAGAGCCUCAUAUGUCACUUGCCGAAGAUCUACCAAGCUUUCCUUAUGUCUGCCACGCUCAAUGACGACGUUCAGGCUUUGAAGGAGCUGGUUCUACACAAUCCUGUGACGCUGAAGCUGCAGGGCUCCCAGCUGCCCGACAGCUCCCAGCUGCAGCAGUACAGCGUGAAGUGCGAGGAGGAGAACAAAUUUCUACUCAUCUACACGCUCCUCAAGCUGGGCCUCGUGCGUGGCAAAACCCUCAUCUUCGUCAGCGACAUGGACCGCUGCUACCGGCUCAAGCUCUUCCUGGAGCAGUUCGCCAUCCCCACCUGCGUGCUCAACUCCGAGCUACCUGUCCAUUCAAGGUGUCACAUCAUAUCACAGUUUAACCAGGGAUUUUAUGAUUACAUCAUUGCCACAGAUGAGCAUGGACUUGGCAACCAAAAAGCAGGUUCCCAGAGUGCAGAGGGCCAAGGAAAGAAGAAGAAGAAAAGGACAACUUCAAAGAGUGCAACGGGUAAAGACAAAGAGUAUGGUGUGUCCAGAGGUAUUGACUUCCAGAAUGUGUCGAAUGUCAUCAACUUUGAUUUUCCCCCUUCUGUUGAGUCCUAUAUUCACCGGGUUGGCAGGACUGCUCGAGGAGACAACUCUGGCACUGCCCUGACGUUGGUUUCCAUUUCAGAGCUUCCCCUGCUGGAGGAGGUUGAGAAUGCUCUUACUGGAGAUAAUGCAGAUUGUGCACUGAAGCCAUAUGGGUUCAAAAUGGAGGAAAUCGAGGGAUUUCGAUACAGAUGCCGGGACGCCAUGCGAUCGGUCACCAAGCAGGCAGUGAAGGAGGCUAGGUUAAAAGAGAUCAAGCAGGAGCUUCUGAACUCGGAAAAACUCAAGGCGUACUUCGAGGACAACCCCAGAGACCUGCAGUUGCUUCGUCAUGACAAAGACCUCCAUCCCGCCAUUAUCAAACCCCACCUGAGAAACGUACCUGAUUACUUAAUUCCAGCCACACUGAAAAGUCUGGUCAGACCCUUCUCAAAGAAGAAGAGGACCAAACUCAACCCUAAGGGGGUUGUGAAGACUGCCUUUAAGAAGAACAAAAGAAGCAAGAACCCCCUGAAGAGCUUCUGCUAUACGGGCAAGAAGAACGGCGGCAAAUAGAAGGGCCCGUCCUAACACCACAGCCCCAGAACCAAGACCCGUCCGGCAGCCACCAGUCUGCAGGUCUGGAUUGUACGGACAUUCGAAGAAGACGUAUGCUCACUAAAUACUGACAAACCAAGGAUGGAUGGAACCAGAACUGAAGAACAACAGUAAAAGUGCCUAGAUGAUGAACAAUAGCCUAGUCGGCUCCUGAAGUGCAUACGCCUGCUCCUUCACCGAGGGCCAACGGAUGGGGAGCUGAUUGGAGCACAGAUGUGAACCCUUAACUGUUUUUCCAUUUGUUAGCUGUAUUAUUUUAGGGUGAAUUAUUCCAUUGUUUGCAGUGCGUGUCUGUUAUUUGCUUCUGAACAUCUUUCAACCCCUCCUCCCAUGAUGAGUGUUAUGUCCUCAUUGGCCAAUUAGAAAUAUUACUUCUUUCAGCUGAGUACUCAUGUCUUUCAUUCUCAUUCAUAUAUAUAUAUAUAUAUAUAUAUAUAUAUAUAUAAAUCAGAUUGUGUUGUCAUUUCUUACAGUUUGAUUAUACUAUCAAAUACCCUACCCAGUGCUACUGUGUUCAUUUCAUGGUUCAGAUCUUCUGCAUUUAUAUACAAUUUAAAACAUGUAGUCACAUUUAUUCAUAUAGUGCUGCUUUUUUUUCCUUUUUUUUUUAACAAUGACACAGCACUUCUAACCCCCUGUAGGACACUGUUCAAUUGGUCAUCAAGGCACCAUUAAAGGAGCUCCGAGACCAAGCCCUCGGUGAACAAGCCAAAUGUGAGACAAGAAAAAACUCUUUAAAAAUGAUGUUCCUCAAAUGUAUUUUAACUUGAAUUAGUUUGUAUUUCAGUGUUUAUUGCAAAUGGUUAUCUUAUUAAAGUUUUUGAUUGGGUU